AUAAAAGCGGGGUGAGAGGCAGCCGCCGGCGAGUCCGGUGGGCAACCGGGGCGGCACCGCGGGGCCACCUGCCAGUGUGGCCUUGCCACCGAUGACUGGCGCAGCCUGACGCUCGUGGAGGGACAGCCACCGGCCACGAGCCGUCCUGACUUGGCGAAGCGGGUGCUCGGCGGGACGGGGAGCAGCGGCAGGCAGCGUCUGCAGGGCGAGAUGGCACGGUGGGCACUGGCACUGGCACUCUGCCUGUCCCUGUCUGCAGUGGCAUCUGCCGACUGUGUCACCCAGUGCUCCCUCUGCGCAGCCCAGAGCCGCGGUGCCGAGAGCAGCGUCCAGCCCCUGAUGUGCCUGUGGGAAUGCCAGGGCUCCUUGUCACCCGGCCCCGAGUGGGAGAUGUGCAGGAAGGCGCUGGCGCUCCUGGCCCCACUGGUGGCCCUGGCCGAGGGGACAGAGCCAUCCCCACAGGAGGCAGAGGAGGAUGAGGCAGAGCCAGAGCAGGCUCUGGGCGCUGCAGAGCUGCCACCAGCGCCGGCCAAGCGCUACGGGGGCUUCAUGAAGAUGAUGUCCAAGGCGAGGCUGCUGUCCCUGCUCCGCGAGAACGCUCACGCCAAGGGUGGCCUCAGCAAGAAGUCCGGGGGCUUCGGCCGCAAGCCGGGCGAGCGAGCGGCCCCCGAGGACUACCCAGGGCCAGCAGGGGACGGGGACGAGGAGCCCACGGGGGCCGAGGGGCCGGAGCUGCACAAGCGCUACGGGGGCUUCCUGCGCCGCAUCCGGCCCAAGCUCAAGUGGGACAAUCAGAAGCGCUACGGGGGCUUCCUGCGGCGGCAGUUCAAGGUGACCACGCGGUCGGACGAGGAGCCCAGCGCCUACUCAGGGGAGGUCUCAGACCUAUAGAGCCAGGCGUGGCUCCCCACACUGCCACUGCCACCCCGACCGUGCCAUCACCCCCAGCCCUGUCCCCUGCCCGGCCCCGUGUGGCCGGUGUCACCCUUGCCUCAUUCGCUCAGGGGACCGUGAGUUCCAUCCCAUUGUCCCUCUCUGGUUCACCUGCCCAUCCUGUGUGCGGAGGGGACAGUGCCACUCCUCCGGCUGCUGGUGGGGUAGCUGUGGCCCAGCCCAGGGUUCCCGGGGGGUAUUGCUGGGGACAGAGAUCCUCCAUCCUCCCGUGGCUGCUGGAGCACAGCAGCAUCUGCAAACCACCAGAGCUGAGCUACAGGGCAGGGGGCUCCGAGCACUGGGAAGGAUGAAGCAGGGCUGGACUGGGGAGGCCACGGGCAGAGGUGGCUGGUGGAACCACAGCACCAUCACCAGGUGUUCAAGCACUGCUGAGCCCAGCCCUCACUCCCCUCCCCGAGCCUCUCACAGUGCCCCACCGAUCCCAGCACCCUCCUGGUGCCCCUGGGCUCCCCCUCCAAGAGCGACUCCAGAGGCAGGGUCAGCCCCAAGCCCCAACACCCAACUCCCCCUGCAGUCAAUAAAAGGCAGAUGCCAACGAAGCUGAA